CAAUACCGAGUAUUAAUAUCUGUUCGGUGCAUGAAAAUUCACACGAUCAAUAUUUUUGGUCGAUAACCGGUAAGCGUACGGUAUUGUUACAUUUCCAUUGGGAAUUUCUUCCGUGCUGUACAGGUUUUAUAUUCACGGUAUUGAAUCGAAUCAGGCAGUCAAUUAUUCAAUCAAUUAAUUGCAGCAGAAAAAGACAAAAACAUUGUUAAAAUACGACGAAGAUAUAUAAUUAAGUUGUCUGCUCCUGUAAUAGUGCAGAUUAUAGUGACCAACCGCAUAAUAAUACAUCUAUACAUCUAGUUCACCAUAAACAUACAGUCACAUAAUAAUGCAAUGAAAUAAAUCUUAAAAAUUAACAACUUUGAACUUGAAAAUCGGAUACACGAAAACUCGCUUUCGGUAGUAUAACAAUGCUGUCCAAACAGUCUCAGUUCACAUACACAAUAAAAGCCAACAUUCAAAUAUUAUGAUGAAUUUUGAGUAGAAGGAAAUUUGAAUGGUUAAAUAAUCGUUUGAAUACUCACACAAACACUUACAGGUGAUGGUUUAAUGUUCGGUCGAAGAAAAAAAAAACUUUAAUCAUAACAGAAAUUUGGCUUUUAAGUUUUGGUCCGCAGUCAAGUACUUUUAGUUCUUCGGCAGCUUUAGAAUGAUGAUUAUGUUGAGACAAAAGUUCGCUCUAUAGUCUCUAGAAUUAGAUAUAUUUGAUCUGGUGUUCAAUCGGGAGUGACAUAAAAAAUUGAAAAUUGAAAAUUAAAAGAAGAAAAUUUUAACAAAAAAAACAAAAACAAAAAUUAAAAUGCAAAAUCAUACCUACUUUUUUGAGGAUAUAAUUAUCCAAAGUGUUGUGUCUUCGAAAUCAGUGAAUUUUCUAUCAUACUUUUCGCCCGUCACAAUUUUAUUCAGUUUAAUUUUCUCGGGCAUGAUUCUUGUAUAUAACGCUAAACGAUCGCGGAUGGUGAAAUUAAUAAAUAAAAUACCGGGGCCACCAGCCUUGCCGUUUAUUGGGAAUACAGUGGAAUGCAAUGUCGAUCAUGAUGAAAUUUUUGCCCGAAUCAUGGGAAUUCGUUAUCUUUGGGGAAGACGAUCGGGAGUAUGUAAAGCUUGGUUCGGUACCCUUCCGUACGUCUUUGUGUCGGAGGCUUCUAAAGUUGAGACAAUAAUGGGCAGUCCAAAACACAUCGACAAGAGCAGAGAUUACGAUUUUUUGCAUCCAUGGCUGGGAACAGGUUUACUUACUAGUCACGGACAAAAAUGGCACAGCCGUCGGAAGAUUUUAACUCCAGCAUUUCAUUUCAAAAUUUUGGAAGAUUUCAUCGACGUGUUUCGCGAACAAAGUGUUAUGAUGGUAUCGAAAUUGGAGACUGAAGUCAACAAAGAUUCGUUUAACAUAUUUCCAUACGUUACGUUGUGCACCUUGGAUAUUAUUUGUGAAACAGCGAUGGGCAGAAGUAUAAACGCACAAGAGAACAGUGAUUCAGAUUACGUCAAGGCGGUGUAUCAAAUUGGCGAAAUUGUUCAGUCACGACAGUCCAAGAUUUGGCUUCAACCCGAUUUCAUAUUUAAACACACUGAACUCUACAAAUCACAUCAACGAUGUAUUGAAAUUCUGCAUGGUUUCUCGUACCGUGUAAUACGCGAACGGAAAGAAGAGAUUACGAAGGCGAAAUUAAACAAUAAUAAUUUAACCGACCACAACGAUAAUGCGACACCGGAGACACGGGACGAUGAUGUGGUAUUUGGUAAAAAGAAACGUUUAGCAUUUUUGGAUUUAUUGAUCGAGGCAUCACAAAACGGAACCGUCCUGUCCAACGAUGAUAUUCGUGAGGAAGUGGACACAUUCAUGUUUGAGGGCCAUGACACUACUUCCGCUGCUAUAUCGUGGACGUUAUUCCUACUAGGAUCCAGUCCUGAAAUUCAGGAUAGAGUUAUCCAGGAAAUCGAUUAUAUUAUGGAUGGUGAUAGAACGCGAGCACCCACCAUGAAGGAAUUAAUGGACAUGAAGUACUUGGAAUGUGUGAUCAAGGAAGCACUACGAUUAUAUCCGAGUGUACCAUUGAUAGCACGACGAAUAAAGGAAGACAUUUUACUGGGCGAGUACACAAUUCCAGCUGGUACCACUGCUAUCAUUGUUACAUAUCUUCUCCAGCGCGACGCCAAUGUAUUCCCCAAUCCAGAACAAUUCAAUCCCGACAAUUUCUUACCGGAAAAUUGUUAUGGUCGUCACCCCUAUGCAUACAUUCCGUUUAGUGCAGGGCCACGCAAUUGCAUCGGUCAGAAAUUUGCAAUUUUAGAAGAAAAAUCUGUGAUAUCUGCAGUGUUGCGAAAGUAUAAAGUUGAAGCGAUCGACCGAAGGGAGGAUUUAACGUUGUUAGGUGAACUAAUUUUGCGACCCAAAGAUGGACUUAGAGUAAAAAUUACAAAUAGAGACUAGUACGUAGAAUAUGAGUUGAAUAUUUAAAACAAAAAAAUAUUUUUAAUGUUAGCUUUAAGUGACCAUGGAUUUUAUUCGUUUGUAAGCCAUUUUUUUAUGAAUACAAGUGCAGUCGUUGCAUAUUAUUAUUA